AUGCCCGUCGAGCACUUGCGCUCGAAGAGGUCUCAAGCACAGAGCCUGGUGCUGUCAAGAAAGCGCAAAUUAAGCGAACUCUUCUCUAUCGUUGUCUCGGUCGAAGACCCGACCUACAAGCAGAAACUACAGGCCUUUCAUGAUGCGAAUGACCUAGAAAAAGGGCGUCGCUUUGACGAAACCACACUCCCACCCAUUAUCCAUAUAACUCUUCCACCUCGAAAACAUGAUUCCGCCCAAGCUCGUACAGCAACUCAGUCGCCCCCUGUCGCUGUCCAGCAAACGUUAGACGUACCAAAUGUCACUUCGCCCUCGUCUCCGGGUGUCAAACCUGCGCCGAAACAGAAACAUCCAGGACAAACGGCGCCUGCGCAGACGUUAGUUGAUGAAAACAAGGGCAAUGAAGGCGGCGCAGUUGUAACUGGCGCGGGGAGCGAGGAGGGUCGUCAGGGAACGACUACAACGGUGGUUGACGCGCUCAACGGCAAGGCCACCACGUUCUCUGGUCUUUCCAACGCCGACAUUGAACUGAGCUCUCCAGUACCCCAGUCUGCAAAUGGACCAUCAGUUGGGCAAUCAACAGGUGCUGAGCCUGGACCUGCCGGCGCGUCAAAAGACAUUCCCGUUCUGUCAGAUGAUACUACGGAGUUACGUCCAUCUGUCACCACCGACCGCCAACCAAGCCGAAGUCCCCCUCUUCCAGUUCCAGACUUAGCAGCGGCCGAACCGCAGUCCUCGCCAGCCUCUACAAAUGGGCCGGACUCAUCCCACACCCCAGCGCCAACUGCCGGCUCUCCAGGAACGAGCCCCGGUGUCGAUAUUCCGCUUAAUACAACCGAUAUCGCCCUCGAGGGAAAGCCUUCAGAUGCUGCCACUGCUGCUUUGGUGCAAUCGCUCCCCUCACCAGGAGCGACCGUCCAGCCAAGCGCCAGUAAGGGUCAUGCUGCCUCUGAUGAUGUCGAGAUGACCGGGACGGUCAACGUGAGAUACACGGCUUCAGCUUCUGACAGUCAUAGCACGCUCGCUAUCGAGCCACCCAAUCCAUCACAAAUCCAGCGACCCACGAUGCGGAUAGACACACAAGCAGAGACUGACUCAUAUUUCAAAGCACGGCCGGGGGGUGGAUUUGUUGAGAGUCCAGCUCCGAUAACAGGUACGACUCCAAAAAAGAAUGUGCCCACGACGCCAUCAUCUCAAGAGCCGCCGAAACGCGCAACCAGGAUCUCCUCUGGUGUGUUGCAGAAGAAAUCGGUCUCUGAAAUCCUUGGAGAGACGCCAAAGACCUCAACCCCACCGGCUGACUCUCCAUCAUCAGCAUCCAUCCGCGAUGCCUUUGGUGGCGCGACUCCUCAGGGCCGAGCGACGGACCGCGACCGCCGCGACAAGGAACGCAGUAGGUUGUCUACAGUGGUCUUUGCCAAGCCGCAGAAAUCUACGGUUGACGAGGAGAGUCUCGAGUUGACACGCAUUGGUGAUGGCAACGCCCAGCGCACAGGGCCUGGUGAGAGAGACUACCUCUACACUUUGUUUGAGAACAAGGCACAUUCCAUGUCACGGCAAAGCACAAUAUCUUACCUCAUUCAAAAUGCCCACAAGACGCUAUCCACUUCGGAUCAUCUCAUAGAGUAUGAACUAUCGGCGGAGUGCAGGAUACUGAAACGGCUCUACCAACUGCAGGAGAGGCAACGCUGGCCUCUGAGGCAAUACAGACGUGCUGACGAAGCACCGAGACCCACCACCCAUUGGGACUUCUUGCUUGAUCAUAUGAAGUGGAUGCGUACCGACUUCAGAGAAGAGCGAAAAUGGAAACUGGCAGCUGCAAGAGGACUUGCAGAAUGCUGUGCAGAGUGGGUCGCAAGCUCUGCUGAAGAAAGAAGACGUCUACAGGUGCGCGUUCAAUCACCAAGACUUCUACCCGACCCAGCCAAUUCUCAAGAUGUGGCCAUGGAAAAUGGUCCUGGACCAACUCUUUCGUCACACCCCACUCCCGAAUUGGUGCCUUCUAAUGAAGACGAUUCCGCGAGUGAUGAUAUCGCAGACCCUCGAGAAGUGCAAAUGUCCAAUGCUCCGGCUGCAAUAUUCUCACUGGGCGCUUCUGAAUUCAAUUUUGCCGUUGACAAAACACCUGCCCUGGACAAGCUGUUGAACGAGUUACCACUCUACGAGCCUUCCGUCGUGGAGCUAGAUAGUUCCACUUCUAGCUUGGGAGAACGGCUCGAUGCGAAGUGGAAGACAGACAUCGUGCCUGUUUCAAGGUGGGCUACCGAGAAGCUAUUCGUGAAAGAGUACAAGCCUCCAAUGAAACGCAGCCGAUACGACUACGAGCCUGAGCCUUCGCCGAAGAAGAAGUCAGAGCCGCUUCCACCGGAAGACACCACGGUUGCACUGUUCAUGCCUGAGAAUAAAGCCAUUCGAGACAGGAUCCACCCUGGCCAUUCUUUCCGCCCCCCGUCCGAGCAUCCAAUGCCUACACAAGCCUUCUUCGAGACGCGGUCGUCGUCGCAGUGGACACCUGCAGAAGACGACGAACUCAAAAAGCUUGUCAAGGAUUAUUCCUACAAUUGGUCCCUUAUCUCCAGCUGCCUUACUCCCCCAAGCUUGUAUGUGUCGGGUGCUGAUAGACGGACGCCUUGGGAAUGCUUUGAAAGGUGGAUCGGGUUGGAGGGCCUACCUGCGGAUAUGUCAAAGACCGCCUACUUCAAGACGUAUUCUGGCAGAAUCGAGGCAGCAGGAAGACACGUGGCUGCUCAGAUUGAGGAGGCUCAAAGAAGAGCCGGUGCCAAUAUUCAGAUCUCGACACGCAAGAGGACAACACAGCCCGUUAGAGUCGAACGGAAAAGGACCCAACGACAUCUGGCUAUGCUUGAUGUCAUGCGGAAGCUGGCCAAAAAGCGAGAGACGGCUCUUCAGAAACAACAACAUCAAGCCGAUCUCGCCGCCUUGCGCAAAGUCAACGACACAAACAUCCCCAAACCCCCCUUAAAGACCCCAGCAGAGUUCUCGCAGCUCAAAUUUGAACGAGAUCAGAAACUCGCAGAACGUCAGGAGAUAUAUCGGCAGCAACUUAUCGCACACCAACGUGCCACGGCGCAGCAACAACGUGUUCCAAAUGGUCAACCCAAUAUAUUGCCAAACGGCAUGCCUGCUGUUGGACCCGUUAUGCGUGCUCCGUCCUCCGCCGGCAUGCCAGCAUUGCCAAAUGGUAACAUCCAAAUACCCAAUGGUCAUCCUCGUCAUCCGACUAUGAUGGCCGCGAUGCAAGGGAAUAUGCAGCUACCUCCGGGUAUGAUGGCUCCCAAAAUAACGCCACAGAUGCAGGCACAGAUGCAAGCACAACUCGCCGCCCGAGGUGGGAUAACGUCGCCACAGCAGAUGCGAAUGCUCCAGGAAGCAACCAGAGCCCAACAAGAACAGCUUCUGCGAAAUGCUCAAGCUCAGAAUGGUCCUCAUUCUUCUCCGAACAACCCUAAUGCUGCACUGGCAAAUGGCCAAGGCAUGAGUAACGCUGCUUACAGGGCUGCAAUGGCCGCUGCUACCGCGAAUGGGAACGCAUCGCCUUCUGGCCAUAUGAAUGGAAGCUCACCCCGCCCCAAUACCGCUAAUUCCGGCCAGGCUUUGUCCAGUGGACAUGUUCCUAUUCUGACCCAGAUCGCUAAUAAAGUCCGAGAGCAUCACCCCAACUUGACCGAUGAGGAGGUACAAAGGCUUGCGUCGCAGCAGCUCCAAACAUAUCAACACCAAGCGACGGCAGCAGCUGCAGGGCAGAAUCAGAAACGACCUCAGGCUCACAAUCAGGCGGCGUUGAAUGCUGCUCUCGGCGCUGUGAAUGCUGGGAACAAUGCGUCCGCCGCCGCUGCUGCGGCUGCGGCUGCCGCACAAAUGGGUCAUCCAAACAUGAUGACCAACGAGCAAUUACAACAGUAUAACCAGCGCAUCAGAAUGCAGCAGCAAGCUCAGCAACACGCGGCCCGAAAUUUGCAAGCGAUGCAGAUGCAGCAGAUGGCCGGCCUGCCAAAUGGGAUGGCAAACUCGCCGGUAAUGAAUAUGGCCCGGCCAGUGAGCCAACACGGAAACCAGGGGCAGAUGAGUCGCAGCGCUACCCCGAGAGACCAGCGGAGCUCGAGCCAGAGCAAUGUUAAUGGCAAUGGACCUGGGCAACAGGGCAGCCCCCGACAGGCGCCACAGAGCAUGCAGACAUGA